UAAAGAAUAUAAGUACUGACAAUUUUCAAUAAUAUCAUGAAUGUCAUUUUAGAAAUUAUACGUGAAAAGAAUUCAUUGGUCAUCAGAAAAAAAUUGAACUUUGUACAAUUGAAAUUAAACGAUCACAGCGCUGCAUUAUACAUUUCUCUCUGACCUGGCCGUAAGCGCAGUAUGUAGUGUAGUGUUCUGGAAGUAGUAGUAGUCGUUCAGUUCUUCACACAGUGGAGUUACAAAGUCUUUAUUAAUUAAUAAAGAAUUAUUAUAUAUCGACAAUGGAGAUUCAAAUAUUGACCGCGAAGUCAUCAAAAUUCAUAACAAAUGUAUCCGUGAAACCUACUACAACUAUAAGAGAAAUUAAAGAAGAAUUAUUUAAACUAAAAAAAGCACCACAUAUUCACAGACAAUGUUUAAGACUAGAUGCUAAGGGAAAAGCUUUAUCUGAUUCAGAUACAUUGAAGAAUUUAUCUAUUUCUAGUGGUGGAAAGUUAUACUUUAAAGAUCUUGGACCACAGAUUAGUUGGAAAACUGUAUUUUUAGUGGAAUAUGCUGGUCCAUUAUUUCUAUAUUUAUGGAUAUAUCAACGUGCAUGGAUUUUUUAUGGUGAUGCAACUGCAUCUGAAAUUAAUAAUGUAGUCCAUGUAGCAGCAAUUUGUUGGUCUAUACAUUAUGCAAAAAGACUUCUAGAAACAUUGUUCAUACACCGUUUCAGUCAUGCAACAAUGCCACUGCGCAAUCUCUUUAAAAACUGUUCAUACUAUUGGCUGUUUGCUAUGUAUGUAGCAUACCAUGUAAAUCAUCCUUUGUAUACAGCUCCGAAUCAAAUGCAGUUUCUGACUGGACUAGUAAUAUUUGCACUUUGUGAAGUGGGAAACUUGAGUAUUCAUGUGGCUCUAAGAAAUUUGAGACCAGCAGGAAGUACUGUAAGAAAAAUACCAGUACCCACUGGCAAUCCUUUUACUAUAUUGUUUAAUCUUGUAUCAUGCCCAAAUUAUACUUAUGAGAUUGGCAGUUGGAUUGGUUUUACUAUCAUGACCUCAUGUUUGCCAGCUGCUCUCUUUACCUUAGCUGGUGCAUAUCAAAUGACUAUAUGGGCAUUAGGAAAACAUAAAGCGUAUAAGAAAGAAUUUUCCCAAUAUCCGAAAAAUAGAAAAUCUAUCAUUCCAUUUGUUCUUUAAAUAAGGCAAUAUUAAUUUAAGAAAAUUGUGUUGGUAAUUAUUGUUAUAACAUUUCUUCGUUCCAAUUUGUUAAUAAUAUUUCUUUUCCUUAAAUAAAUAAUUUACGAUAGGAAAA